CCAAAGCAUCGUUGUAGAGUGAGCACUGUCCAAAAUAAUAGACCUACAUGAAUCAUACAGUGGAUAACGAUAAAUAAGGAUCAUGACACAUUAUUGGAUUAUCAUCACCAUCUCAUGGAUUGGUUCAGCCAGCCUACAGUACAUCAACUCAGCUGGGAUGGAUGGAGAAACUUUUAUGGACCCCUUAGACUCUAGUGUCCACUUUCCUCCUCUACCUUACGUGAACUACUUCAACUACCCUUCGAGAAACGACUACGAAACGAUACAAAAUGAUGAAAAUGUUGAUCACAGCGAGUUUUACCCACGAAACCACGAUCAAACAGACGUUCAAAGAAAACGACGCACAGUUGACGAUCAAAGCGGCCCAGGAGAACCCUGGAAACCUAAUCUUGUUGAUCUAGACAAAACACUUUACAUACGCAACGAUGAUAAAACCAACCCAUUCAUUAUUAAAGGAUUAUCUGGAAGGCUAGAAGAAAAUGCUACUGAUUUAAUCGAUUCCAUAGAGAAAAGAAGCUUUAGCCCCUGGGGUGGAAAAAGGGAUGGCAUCGAGCAUAUGUGGACCUGGAAACGGUCUCAAGCCAUAAGGGAACCCAGUAUGCCGAAGCGAGUUCGUUUCAGUCCCUGGGGAGGAAAGCGAAGUGGACAAAUGAUUUACAAACCAGGUUCAAAAGCGUCGAAGGUCAUUUUUUCAACCUCAGUACCAGAAUUAACUCGAAUCGUAUCUAACUAUUCACCUAAAGGAAGAUUGGAUUUGGCCGGGUUUCAGAUCGUCCCAUCACUCGACAAGCGACACCCAAUCAAAAUACUCGCUCUUAGUACUCAAUUUGACGAAAAAACUGCUAAGGACGCACUUCCUUUCAAUACAUUUAUGGAAAACCUCCCGAAAUACUUUAAAUUGGGGCAUCCCUAUUUAGACGUAAAUUUAAAGAAAGAUGGUAAGAGGAAAGUUAAAUUUAGUGCGUGGGGUGGAAAGAGAUCCCCUCCUAUCAUUGGACCUAUUUGGACACCAGCAGCGCAGAACGUGAAGGAUUCAACUUUGGAUAGCAUUGUAUUGAUUCGAAAUCGUGAAAAUGAAGAUGUAUCAAAGAGUUAUUAAAGCGGCACCAAAGACAACUGGCACUCCUGAACUCCUAAUAACAAGAUAUUUUAACGUUUAAUUAUUAGUCUUAAAAAGUUAAACUGUGAAAUCAUUAUACCUACUUGUGAAAACAAUUAAUAAGUAUAAAAGAUUUUUCAAUUAUGUACCAAAUUAAGUCAUAUAAAAAAAUUUAAUGUAACGUUUUAAUAUUCAGGAGAAAAAAUUGUCUUCGGCAAAGGCUGGGUUUGCCGAAGGCAAGAACUGAUGCGACUGUGUGUAAACUUUUGCUAUAGUCAAUUUGUGAUGUCCUUUUGCCUAAAUUACGUUUAUCUAUGUUACCAAAUAUUAUCUAUUCGCAAAUUGUUAGUAAUAAAACAGUAUUAAAUUAACCAGGUUUGUUUUGCUUCCUAUCCAACUGUCCGAUGUUUGUAUAAAGAUGCAACUGAUUGUAG